UGAGCGGGGCGGACUUUUUUUGGAUGCGGGAUGCGCACCGUCAUUUCCUGUCUCCCCGGCCGCGGGCACAGCCCAUGGAGUGAACGAGUGGGCGAGGGCUUUGCCGCAUUCAUGUCUGCCCGCAGAUAGCUUCCACUCACAGAGCGUGCAGAUAAAGGACGAGUUAUCCAUUUGACAAUCAAUCUAAAAUGGCAGCUAACAAGAAUAAGAAUCAAAGCUCGUUGGCCCUGCACAAAGUGAUCAUGGUUGGCAGUGGAGGCGUAGGCAAGUCGGCACUAACCUUGCAGUUCAUGUAUGAUGAGUUUGUUGAAGACUACGAGCCUACUAAAGCUGACAGUUACAGAAAAAAAGUUGUUCUGGAUGGUGAGGAGGUGCAGAUAGACAUCUUGGAUACUGCUGGACAGGAGGAUUAUGCAGCAAUUCGGGACAACUACUUCCGUAGUGGGGAGGGUUUUCUCUGUGUCUUCUCGAUAACUGAGCAAGAAUCUUUUACUGCCACUGUAGAGUUUAGGGAACAAAUUCUCCGUGUGAAAGCAGAGGAAGAUAAAAUCCCAUUACUUUUAGUGGGUAACAAGUCUGAUUUGGAAGAUCGGAGGCAAGUCUCUGUUGAAGAAGCAAGGAGCAAAGCGGAAGAGUGGGGAGUUCAGUAUGUUGAGACUUCAGCCAAAACACGUGCCAAUGUAGAUAAGGUAUUUUUUGAUUUGAUGAGAGAGGUCCGAGCAAAGAAAAUGUCGGAAAACAAAGAUAAAAAUGGAAAGAAGAGCAGCCGAAACAAGAAGAGUCUGCGAGAGCGAUGUUGCAUUCUGUGAAUAUUUUUUUUGUUUGGAGUAAAUUGACAGAAAUUUGAAUUGGGCAUUUGGUAUUCAUGUAGCCACUCAAUUUGUUUAGAAUUGGCCAUUGUUUAUUGUGUAGUAAAACAGUGUUAAUUUUGAGUGCUGGGUAAUGCUGGGUACAUUGCCAAUGCAUUGCUCUGUGAACUGUCAAAUACAUUGUAUCCUUUAGACGUCUUUAAAAUUUCUAUUUCUUUGCUGUUUUAUUCUGGACAUUUAACUUUGAGCAACUGUUCAUAUCAGUAAUAACAUUCUUCUGUUCUUGGAUUUAUUCAUCCAGUUAACUAAUUAUUCAAAACUACCUUUCAAAAUCAUUCUUGGAAAUAAUUACAGGGAAGAUUUCAAAUGCAUCAAAGUGGCUGGUCUAUAAAAGGCAGUACAUUGAAGCUGUUGUACUUCAGUUCAUCAAAGUAUAAUUUACCUUUUUAAUGUGAGAACUUAUUAUUAAAUGACAUUUGAUAAAGUAGGUAGAGCACUCAAUCCCCUUUUUGUAUAUUACCAUUUGUGAUCUUUCUACAUGUGCCAUUCAUUGGAGGAGAGGAGAAUGAUUAACCCCAACUUGCUUUUGGCUAGUGGAGGCCAAUGGUAAAUAUUAAGAUUUAUCAGUGCAUCUGGUAAAUCUUGAACAGGCUGGAAAGCAGUUCACUGUGAAUAAUCUUGUAUCCACUGCUGUUGCUCAUCUUUGAGUUGACACAAUAGGAAGUAUUUACUUGAGUUCACCUCCUUGCUUAAUACCCUGGCUAAAAGAAAAACUUAAUGGGUCAUUUUAGACCUAAUUCUCCACUAGCACUUGUCACUAUUGUCACUAGCCUUUAAUGGAUUGAUUGCACAAUACCCAUUCCACUGUUUGUACAAUCCAUGUUGUGUCCUCUGCAUCCACGUGGUGUAUUAAAAGCAGGUGGAGAUCUCGACAUCACUGUCAGUUAAAUAUUCCACACUGCCACCACCACACCAGCACAAUGAUUAAGAUGGUAUUAUUUUGCAUUACCUGACUUUCUUUGGCAAAGAAUUGAAAAGUUUGAUCUAUUUGUUGGAACUAAUUGUCCUAUGUGACUAAAUGCAUGUACACUAUCCCUUAUGGACUUGUGAAGGGAAAAAAUAAAAUCCAGUUCUUGCAGAUGUUUUGAAGAAUACAACGGACCUGUAGUGAAGUGGACCAAUAUCUUGCUGUUUUUAGACAUUUGUAAAAGAAUGAGAUUGGAUUGUACUAGUGUCUGUAAUAUCAUGUGACUGAUUUGUAUAAGAAUAUUUUGAAGUCAAGAAUAAUUUCUGAAUGGUGGUAGAUUGUUACUGUAGUUUAAAACUGAAAACACUAUAGCAAAUUAUUUUCUCCAUUUGCCUUAACAUGAAUUGCAUGCAAUUUGAAUUUCACCCUCUUGUAGGUAAUUGAAUCUUUCCAUGAUUUUAUUGUGACCUUUUUGUUGAGCUGAAGGGGAUGAGGUUCUAUAGUAAUAAUGAACUGUGACAUUAUAUUGCCAAAUAGCUAUCCAGAUUGUUUACAAUCUUUAACAAAACUAAUUUCAAGGUUAAUUUUUCUUGAUCAGAAAAAUGUCAUCAAAAUUUGAAAAAAAAUAAAUUUGAAGAUUUACAAAUAAAAUUUACCAGCAUAACUUGACUAAUCUUUUGUCUCCAGCAUUCCUUCAAUCCCCAGUAUACCUCAAUGUUUAUUAUUUCCCAAGCGAGUGAGACAUAGGCAAUUCAAAAACUGUAUUGACACCUCUGGAUCUGGGAAGGAAAAUGGUUUUGUUUUGCCCCAGCUCCCAAUAAGUGGUAUAAAGAAUUGUCUGAAAUUCAUCCUGGGCUAGCAGUACUAAACAUUUGUUUGUACCUCAUAAAGGGAAACAUUACAGAAACAGUGUACCUUUGCACUGGUGUGAUUAACUAAAUGGUAUGUUCACUGCUGAAACCAGGAAUGAAUUCUGAGGCAUGAUCACUGACAGUGCAAAUCCUCUAAGUAUGAAAACUGGUGUAAAAUCACAUGCUACUUUAAAGAUUCAGUCAGGUGAGAAAUGGAAUUUUAAGUACCACAUUAGUGUAGGAUGGUUAAACUCUUAUCAAUGUGCUUGGAUUGAAGGACAGCAGCAUGUGGUUUAACAAACUGAGCCAUGCAUUUUGGUAUUGAAUUAAGAGAAAAUGCUUGUUCUAUAUUUCUACUCGCUCCACCAUUUUACACUGAAUCCCAACUCAAUUUUGCAGUUUUUUUGCUGCCAUUGCUCUUGAGGUAAAUCUGCUGAUUAACACCAGCAAGCUGAUGGUUUUACGGAUCAAUUUCCAUUCUAUUUUACUUUGAUGUUCCAAUGAACUUCUUGCCUUUCAAAUAAACUGUCCAAGACAUUAAUGAGACUACUUGAACUGUACUGAGUGUAGAUCUGAUUGUCUAGCUACAAAAGGAUGCCAUCAUUGAGCUCAAAUGUACAGUAAAGAUUUGCAAUGACUUUAUAGUUUGGGCCAUAAAGAGACUAUGGGUUGGGCCUGUUUUUCCUGGAGCAUAAGAGGCCAAGAAGUGACCUUGGAGUUUGGUGAAUUAUCAG